AUGGAUGCGGAUUUGGAAGACGGGGAGGUCUCCGGCUCGGAUUCCGAAAUGACGCCUGGACCAGGGCCACAGCAGACCGCGUCCCCAGCAGCAUUCAGCGGCCAAGCUUUCCACAGCAGAGUCUCCAACAAGCAGGCACCUCCACCCGGCUAUCGCAGCUGCCCAGGCCUUGCUAUCUCGAGUGACAGUGACCAGGAUUCUUCGGAUGACGAUGCGGCCCUGUGGCGCCGGAAAAGGCAGAAAGUGACCAACAACAACCACCACUGUGCGCCCCCAGCUCCCCCCCUUGCACUCGCCGCCCCGGAACGAAAAGUCAACAACAUCUGGGGCUCCGUGGUGCAGGAGCAGUGCCAGGACGCAGUGGCCGCAGAGCUGUGUGUGUUCGGCAUGGACGCAGAGCUGGACACGUCCAGCAGAAACGUGGAGACUUAUAACUAUGUCCUGGCCCGGAAAAUGAUGGAGAAGGAACGCGAGCUGGAGCGGCAGGGUCAAGGCGAUGGAGAGGUGCACAUGCUGGACGUGCAGCUGGACGAGUACAUGAAGAACAGAGGGACUGAGGAUGGUGACAGGACCAGCGGAGAGGCCAAGAGGAAGAGGGCGGUCAAGGACCGCCUUGGCUCCAAAGCACAGAUGGACGUGAAGGGCAGGUACGAGAUAACCAAGGACGACGCCCUGGAGAAGGUGGCGGAGGAAAUUGCAUACAGGUUAAGAGAGCCAAAAACUGAGCUAAUCGAGCAAGUGGUGGCCGUGGUGGGGACCAAGCAGGCCCUGGAGCUUUUGGAACAGACCGCUAGGCUGGAGGAGGCCGGUGGCAUCUACACUCUGGACGGCAGCCGCAGACGUACGCCUGGAGGGGUCUAUCUCAACCUUCUCAAGAACAGUCCCAGCAUCAGCAAGUCACAGCUGAAGAGUAUCUUUGUGGAGGAAGGCAGGCAAGAGGUCCGCGGCAAGAAGGCAGCGCAAAAGAGACGCAGACACCUGGUGGCCCGAAAGAUGAAGCAGGCCAUAGGCACACUCAACCUGCAGGAGCACAACGACGAAUCCAGGGAGACAUUUGCCAGCGAUACAAACGAGGCACUGGAAGCUCUGGAGGAGGGGCCGGAAGAGAAGGACGAGGAGAACCCCAAAGCAGCUGGGACUGAGGACACUCCAGUGGUGUACAGCGCAGCUGAUCUGGAAGUGUUUUAG